UGGUAGUACCUUCGAUAGGCGGUCGCUGAUAAAUUGAAAGUUUAUUUAUUAUAAAACCCUUGGGCCUCUACUCGCUCACUCUUUUCCUCGCGUGAAUCGUUAUCUAGAGAAACAAGGGCAUUCUUUAUUUCUUCUUAUUUCUCUGAGGAAAGCGAGCAAACCCUAAUCUAAACAGCAAACCAGUCUGAUAGUUGUGGUAGUGGUCGUCUUCAGCAUAUCAUCAGUCAUGGCAGAGGCACAGACGAGACGCGGGGGAGGGAUGACCGGGGACGAGAAGCUCGAGUUCGUGACGUCUGAUGGGAUAGAGCCGAUCAUGAGCUUCGAUAAGAUGGGUUUAAGGGACGAUCUGCUCCGAGGCGUCUACAACUACGGCUUUGAGAAGCCCUCCGCCAUCCAGCAACGUGCCGUCAGGCCCAUCAUUGAGGGCCGUGACGUCAUUGCACAGGCCCAGUCCGGUACCGGCAAGACCUCCAUGAUUGCCCUCACCGUCUGUCAGCUUGUCGAUACCUCUUCCCUAGAGGUUCAGGCUUUGAUAUUGUCUCCAACAAGGGAAUUGGCGGCGCAGACGGAGAAGGUGAUACUAGCAAUUGGUAAUUUCAUAAAUAUAAAAGCCCAUUCUUGCAUUGGAGGCAAAAGCGUAGGCGAGGAUAUCAGAAAGCUUGAGUACGGUGUUCAUGUGGUGUCUGGAACUCCUGGUAGAGUCUGUGAUAUGAUCAAGAGGAGAACUCUCCGCACUCGAGCCAUUAAAUUAUUAAUUCUCGAUGAAUCUGAUGAGAUGUUGAGUAGAGGCUUCAAGGAUCAGAUUUAUGAUGUCUACAGAUAUCUUCCACCUGAGCUCCAGGUUUGCUUAAUUUCUGCUACACUUCCUCAUGAAAUUUUGGAGAUCACCAACAAAUUUAUGACUGAACCUGUAAGGAUCCUUGUCAAACGUGAUGAGUUGACUUUGGAGGGAAUCAAGCAAUUUUUCGUUGCGGUUGAAAGAGAAGAAUGGAAGUUUGAUACGCUUUGUGAUCUUUAUGAUACCCUUACAAUUACACAAGCUGUUAUUUUCUGCAACACAAAGCGAAAGGUGGACUGGCUCACCGAAAAGAUGCGGAGUAAUAACUUUACUGUGUCUGCAAUGCAUGGAGACAUGCCUCAGAAGGAGAGAGAUGCUAUUAUGGCCGAGUUUCGUGGUGGCACUUUCUCAUAAAUGUCUAAUCAUUAGAUAGACAUAAAAUCUCUUGACCUUGAACAGGUUUCCUUGGUUAUCAAUUAUGAUCUUCCAAACAACCGUGAACUGUACAUUCAUCGGAUUGGUCGUUCUGGUCGUUUUGGGCGCAAGGGUGUGGCAAUAAACUUUGUCAAAAGCGAUGAUAUUAAGAUCUUAAGAGACAUAGAACAGUAUUACAGUACCCAGAUUGACGAAAUGCCAAUGAAUGUUGCGGACUUGAUAUGAGAGUUGCUAGCCAUCCUGUGUGCAAAUGGAUGUUGGUUGUUCUGAUGUUGAUUGACUAAUUUGUGCAGUUGCCCGGGCUUUAUUUUGCAAUGGAUUGUACACUAGCAGAAGUUGGAAUGAUUUUGAGUUAUGAUAACGUGCUUUAAAGUUUCACAUUAGGCUGGUGUGACAAAUUUUAAGCACCUUGUGUGCAGAUUGGGUACUUAUUGUAUUUGGGUUUUGUUGUAUUUGGUAUUGAAUUCAAGUUAAUUUAUUAGUUUUGCGCAUGCU